GACAGUUGUUUCAGGCCGCGGCGGCUGAGCUGCUGCUGCUGCUGCUGCCCUGCGUAAUAAAUACACACAUAUACCCUACUACUUGUAUACGUGCAAAUGCUCCUCUCGAGUCUCUGCUCGGCGCUCUGUGUAUUGUAUACGACAGUCUCAUAGCGCUGCGCGACUUUGCAGUGUGUUGCAUUAUCAUCGUCGCCGUCGUUCGUCGUCGUCCAACGUCGACGUUAUUAUACAUACACACUUGGAAGCAAAAAUAAUACCAGUACUGCGAGCUGAGGAACUAGCCGACGAAUCGACUCGAGUGCACUGUGUCUCUGUGUCCAAGUGUGCGUCUGUGUAUUGCUAUGUGUGAGCCGUGCGUGUAAUCUAUUCGUGCAUUUUGCUGCGCUAGUGCUCUGUGGCCUGCUGCUGCUGUUGCUGUUGCUGGUCCGUCGCAGCCGUCGCCGCCGCCACUGAUUUCUGUUCUCCUCGGCACAUAUAUACAUAUUUGCAUAUACGUAUAUAAAUGCAACGCAGUCGUGUAUAUGCACGAGCCUACGCGGGCUGUGCAUGUGUGUGAGCUGCAUCGGGCCAACUUGUAGUGCACGACAGAGUGCGAGAUAUCGCGAGUCCGGGCCAAAGUGCGCCUCGCGAAAUUCUUUUCUACGAGCAAGCUCCGAACGAGAGGCAGCAAUUAGGACUCGCAACUACACCGCAUCGUCCAGGCCACGGUUCAUCCAGGCCCGAUGUUUAAAUGGACGCUUCGUCCAUCAUCACCCAGGUCGCACGCGAUGAUGAGCUAGGACAGUUCAACAACGAAAAAUCCCAAAUACCACGCAAUGACACGAGUAUCAACGGGGCAUCGCACCUGGACAAAAAACCACGGGGUCGUGGUUUCUUUCGGUCGAUACUUUGUUGCUUCGGCCGAGAUGGCCGUACGGGAAGUUCAAAGAGUUCCAAAGCAAGUUCGUUACAAGGUGAUGGCCGUUGUUCGCCGCCACCGGGCACAGGUUCGCCACACUUUCUACUGCCACCCAUUCGCCAUCUGGACAUGCACAAAAAAUGCAUGGUGAUAGAUCUCGAUGAAACGCUUGUGCACAGCUCGUUUAAGCCGAUUAAUAAUGCAGAUUUUGUCGUCCCUGUUGAAAUUGAUGGCACAGUGCAUCAAGUUUAUGUACUCAAGAGGCCCUAUGUUGAUGAAUUUCUUCAAAGGAUGGGGGAAUUGUAUGAAUGUGUACUUUUCACAGCUAGUUUAGCAAAGUAUGCUGAUCCAGUAGCUGAUCUCCUUGACAGAUGGGGUGUUUUUAGAGCCAGACUAUUUCGUGAAUCGUGUGUUUUUCAUAAAGGCAAUUAUGUAAAAGAUUUGAACAAAUUAGGUCGAGAUUUGGAAAAAAUUAUAAUUAUUGAUAAUAGUCCUGCCAGUUACAUAUUUCAUCCAGACAAUGCAGUGCCAGUAGCUUCAUGGUUCGACGAUAUGACUGACUCCGAACUGCUUGAUUUGAUUCCAUUUUUUGAAAAAUUGAGCAAUGUUGAAAACAUUUACAAAGUACUGUCUAACAGUAAUCGACCAUACAAUCAAAUGCCUUCAAAUAUUAUGAAGCUUGGCAACAACAGUAACAAUGCUACUGGUAAUAACAGCAGCAAUACCAAUAGCGGCAAUAACACGUCGAAUCAAGGGAUCAAAUUAGGCGCCUCCUAGCCCAACCUCAAGUCUGGCCGAUCACUCGUUACAAAUCCGGCCAGUCUUUACGGACAAACCGAGCCACGUUGCAUCUUCAGAAGACUCAUCGCUGCCUUACACGAGUUAGCACGUAGCUACUCGUUUUUUAGCAGCAGCAACAGUAACAAUUGUAACACUGCUAAUAAUAUCAUUCAAAAUUCCUGAUGCUAUUUGGCAAAAGGAAAUGAAAAUGACAACGAUCAAAAUGGAGGCAGUUUUGCACUGAUGAUAUGAAAUUAUUUAAGGUUCGCUCGAUUUACUGUAAUUUUUGUUGUAAAAAAUUUGUGUAAUUCCGAUGGGAAUAGCGAAUAAUAGGUUUAUAGUAAAAAAAAAAUGUUUUUUUAUGUGACGUAAUAGUUGAGCUUACAGGAAAAAAUCUUGAUGUAUUUAAACGGAAAUCGUCGAUUUUUAAAUUCAAGCAUUAUGACUAAUUAUUUUUUACUAAAUGACAAUAUCAAAGUUAGGAAUCGAGCGAGCCGUAAAUAUUUGGUUGGUUAGGAUGUAAAAAAAUGAAAAAAUUGUAUUUUUUUCUCAAUUCUGUGCAACGUUAAUAUUACCCCUGUAGUAAAAAAAAUGAAGAGGUAAAAUAGUAGUGUUAAGUAUCGACAUGACUUUAUAGUGCUUGUAUGGUAUGUAAGUUCUGCUAACUCGAACGAAAAGAGUAUUAUGUGUCAAUAUUGAAUUUACAGAAAUGUGCUACAUAAUCGAUAUUUAAAAUGAUGAAAUUAAAUUAUCACCGCCGGGUUUCCGAUGAAUAUAAUGAAUAAUUAUUAUUAUUUAUCAUCAUUAUUGUAACUAUAAUUAUAAAUAUGAAAAAUAUCGGUUGAUUAAGGUUGAUCGAAUCUUCCAGAAUGCAGAAAAUUAUUGUUAAUAAUUAAUUAAAAAUAUGCUGAGCAAAUGUGACAUGAGCUCUCCUCGGUACGUCCGCAAGAAUGCGAAUAAAAAUAUAAGUAAUAAUCAAGUAUCGCAAUAAUACGAAUUUCCAGUGAUUAUAUUCAUUGAACUUAUUAAAAAGAGUACUUUAUUUUUUAUUAAGAUUAAUUAAAAAUAGAAAAAAUUGGAAUAAAAAUAACAAUUUAUG